UCAAACCGAAGCUAGGAUCGCUGUGUGUUGUGUUGUCGACGCUCGAACCGAUUUUGAUAGACGCGUAACGGCGUUUAUUACAUCAAACAUUACAUUAUUUUAUCGACUAAUAAACACGUGCCUUUAUAUUUAACCGCGAAUUUGUUAUUAUACUGGUCGAGGCCGGCAACUUUGAGUUUGGAAGUGGACGUUCGAGUCCCGCAAUAUCAUCCGAGCUGGGAGCAGACACCGAGAUGGUCCAGGAGGGUGGGGCAGGGGCCGUGGACGAAGGGCUGAUCGCCCCGCGUCGGCUUAACAACCCCUGCCUGGACAAUUCUGCGAGGAUGGACUUACAUAGAGAACUGCUCUUCAAUCAGAGGAUAGGGAAAAAUGUUCUGAACCAGAAGAGCGAACUACAAAAGGCCCUUUCAAAACACAAAGAGAAGCAGCUCAUGAACCAAGUAAAGGAGAACCGGGAAACGCCAGAGUUAGAGAGGGCCAUAGCUGAACGCGCUCGCAGGUUAGAGCAGGCCGAGCAGAGUCACGAAGAGAUCGACCCCGCGACCAACCCGACCUUGCAAGAGGUGCGCGCGCGACUCAGACACGCGGCACCGCCAUCUCCCGCCGCGUCUGCGCACUAAGUACCUUUCUUACCUCCACAUCUUCAAUCCACGCUUUAUUUCAUCCACCUAUCGAUGUGAUAGAUUCAAUUAUUUAAUACAAUUGAGAGAUAACCGUUCGUCUCAAUGUUUAAACGGACAAUUUUUAUCAUAUUUAAAAAAACAAUCGUAGUAAACUGUGAAAAUGUAUAAAUAAAAAUGAUUAGGUUAAAACGGGCCUAACGACGCAAUGGAUUUUCGUAUAUGAAUCUAUGAUUUCUGAUUGCGGCGCCAUCUACAUGAUAUCGUAAAUCAUUGUAGUAGAAACGUGGAGGCAGUUAGAUUGGAAUUAUCUCUUUAAGUACUCAAUAAAGUAAAGAGACUAUUUUUCUUUUAAUAAUCGUAUAAAUAUUAAACAUGUUCUGCGGUCCACGAGAGACGCAGGUCUCUGAGUUCCUGCGGCGUCUCGUAGAUGGCGCCAUUGUUUAUAGUUUGCGAUGCGAAAGAGCUUUCUCGGCGGCGCGUGUAAUAUUCGGUUAUUAAUUAUUAUUAUUAUUGUAGAUAGGAAAACCUAAUUUAGUGUUUUGUCUUCGAACGGAGUCACUGAAAGUGUCACAAAAUCAUUUUUGAAUUACGUUCAUUUGGUAGUCGUUUAACGUUGACUUCUUAGUUUAUUGUCUUAAGGUAUAUUUAAGUGUAAUUUAUAUUGAUUUGUUACCAAAAAUAUCCCGCACAUCCCGCGGGAUGAGCGGAUCGACUGAGGAAUCGACUCGAGCCGUAACGAUGAGGGUAAACGUCGACUUCUAGAGAGACAAAUAUUUUUCUAACCCUUUUUGAAUGACUUUUCUCACGAACCCUUUCGCACCUUGUCCUCGGGUGUCCACUGCGGAUGGCCGUCUGCGGCCUUGAGGUAUUUUAGUACACAUUGGAUAUUUGUAGUUAGUAGACGUUAACUACUUAGAACCCUAUUUACAUGGUAGUUGGAAAGUAGUCUUAUGAUCGCUGUCUUAAAUCUUAAAAAUCGUAUAUUUUCCCAAGCCAUAAAGUAUUUUAUAUAAUAUUGAAGGUUCAGAGUAGUCCCCGAAUGUAGUCGACCAAUAUGUUCGAUAUCGACGUGUUCAUGAAAGUGAUAGAAAAAGAUAUUUUUGUAUUUUUAUGUAACCUAGAGGUUCUAACUCCCGACUUCCUACUGACCGUAGUCGUUCCGAUUCGUAGGUCUUUAGGUAAUCUUGUAAUUGUAAUCGUAAAUCCGACUAAUGAUAAAUAAUAUCUAGCGAAUCUCCAGAAUAUCUGUUUGGAUUCGGGAAAUAAAUGUUGUCGCCGUACGAAAAACAUUUCUUUCUCCGACGUGCCUAUUAGUCAUUAUUGUUGAUUAUUUUCAGAGAAUGACUUUUAUUGAUGGUUGUAAAUUUAUUAAUUAUAUUGAAAUACUCUUCUUCCGUGUUUGCUAUUUUCACCAUUUUUUCUCUCAUAUUGUCUCUCGUGUAGCUUUCGAUUUUUAUCUAUUUCUAAAGUAUAAGAGUCAACUUUGAACGUGCAGUUGCUGCAAGUUCUUGUUUUUGAAAGCGAAAAUGACGAAAGUAUUCGAACAACUUUAAUUUCAAAAGCGAACAUAAUUCCACUCGUUAUUCCUUCCACUUCAGUUUUCUUCUGGUAUUUUGUGUUUUAUGCUAAUGGUUUGUUAAGUACCUUGGACUCAUUUCCACCAUCAGAAAUAUCUCUUUCGUCAGAAAUAUAUCCUAUGGAGUAAGGGCAAAGCACAUUUUUAAAAAGUGAUCGAUUCGGGGUUUCGGGAUGUUCGCUUGAGAUGGUGAAAAUGAGAGUAAAAUGAUGAUUUAGUACAAAGUGGCAACUCCAUGUGAAAAGUUUGUUUAAGCUUCAGCUUGCGAAGCUGUGUCUCGUGGCCAUUUUACGUUUGUUAUGUGACUAUUUAGACUUAAGACCAUUUUGUAAUAAAGUUGACUUGAAUUGUAUGAACCGUUUCGUAAUAAUUUACAUAGAAAAAUAAAAGUGUUUUAGCAAAAA